AUGUGUGAAGGAAGCCUGAAGGAGCACAUGUUAAUUCAUGAUGGAAUAAAGCCUUUCACCUGCUCUGAAUGUGGAAAUACUUUCACACGCAAACGAAGCCUUAAAUAUCACAUGUUCAUGCACACGGGAAAAAAGCCUUUCACCUGCUCUCAGUGUGGAAAGGCAUUCAAUCGCAACAAAUACCUUAAGAAUCACAUGAGUAUUCACAGUGACAUAAAGCCUUUCACCUGCUCUGAGUGUGGAAACGCUUUCAAACAGAAAAAAAGCCUUGACGCACACUUGAUGAUUGUUCAUGCUGGAAAAAGGCCUUUCACCUGCUCUGAAUGUGGAAAUACUUUCACACGCAAACGAGGCCUUAACAAUCACAUGUUAAUUCAUACGGGAAAAAGGCCUUUCGCCUGCUCUCAGUGUGGAAAGAGUUUCACACAGGAAAGAAAUCUUAAGGCGCAUAUGCAUAUUCAUACUUUAGACAAGCAAUCAACCUGCUCUCAGUGUGGAAAGACUUUUACGUGUAAAGGAAGCCUGAAGAAACACAUGUUAAUUCAUGCUGGAAUAAAGCCUUUCAUCUGCUCCGAGUGUGGAAAGGGUUUCAUAUGUGAAAGUCAACUUAAACAUCACAUGAAAAUUCAUACUGGAAUAAAACCUUUCAGCUGCUCUCAUUGUGGAAAGAGUUUUAGUGAGAAAAGACACUUUAAUGUGCAUGUAAGUAAACACACUUCAGAAUAG